AUGUCGACAAUAAUCCCUCCAACAAACAAAUUCACACCAGAAUCGCGUUCUAUCACAAAAGAGCGGGCCAGUAUUCCGGGUAACAGCAACACAGACAACAAAGAAGCCAGAGACACAUUUCGGGCAGAAAGCAUACUAGGCGAAAAAGACAUCAUGCCGACAUCUGCGAGAUCCUCGCUUAGCACUUCCGAUUCCUCGCUUCACAACUACAAUUAUAGCUAUGGGACUGGUGCUGACAGCAACAAUCUAGCACUAGGAAUGGGCUUUGGUGCCCAACAGGGAGCAGGAAAUGUUGGAAGCAGCAUUGGAAGUCUCAACAGUAACAUUAACAGCAUUACAUCCUCGCUCAAUCACAUUAACAGCAUUACAUCCUCGCUCAAUCACAUUAACAACAGUCUCGCAGCUCCUCCGCUCUUCCGGAUGGACGAAUCCUCGCACCAGGAUCAGCAGCAGCAACAACAGCGGCAGCAGCAGCAACAACAACAACAACAACAACAACAACAACAGCAAUUAACACCUCAAGCGUUAGCCCAGCAACCGAUGCAUCAGCACUUAAUGCCGGAAAUUGAUCCCUUUACGAGUCCGUUUGAGAUCAAUUCCAAGAUUUGGGGUAGUGAUGUGUCCGAUGGCCAGAGAAUCGCCAAAGACUACAGGCGGAAUUCUGUUCCUGCGACGAUCGGCGCGUCCUUCAUGACAUCGCCGGGUCGAUCGUCCUAUCCGGAGAACCGGGCCUCUCCCUUUGUGAUGAAUUAUGGUGGGUUCCAGUCUCAAAUUCCGUCCCAGGUUUCGGGCCCAAUUUUCCACCAAUCAUCUCUGGGAAACAAUGCUGAUUUCAGCACUUCUCCAGUUCGCGAAUCGAUUUGGAGCGAGCACCGGUCGUCCGCGGGUUCGAUUCCAGCCACUUCCCCUCUUACGGGUCUUGCGGCGCUAGCGGACCGGGGCGCGCAGCAGACGCUUCGUGCGCAGAUGCAGGCGCAGGCGGCACAGGCGGCACAGGCAGCUCAGGUGCAAGUGCAAGUGCAAGCGCAGGGGCAGGCGGCGCAGGCGGACAGCGUCAUGCGCAACAAGUUGCAGUCCAGAAGCGUUUCAGACUCAACGACGAAUGCUCUAAGCGGCGCAUUCAAUGCGGGCGCCCCGCAGAGCGCAGGGCUGUCUUUCAGAAGGGCGUCAUACGAUGCAGGAAUGUCGCAGUUUUUGCAGAUGGGUGCGCCGCGCCUUGCGGCGCCAGUUGGUGGCGCUCCAGCGCCCACAGCGACCACAAUGCCUGCGGGCGCAUCUGGGCCUGCGGGUGUGCCACCAAAUGCGCCAGCGCUCGACUACGUCAAGAGCUUCGACAACCCCCUCGGAAGCCAACAGAUGCAUCAGAAAAAGCAGGAGGAGCAACUGCUGUCCCGUUUCAACAACUUGCGUUUGGACAACUUCGAGGAUCAGUACUCACAGGCUUAUGAUGAAGCUGAGCAGUACUUUAAGUCGCCUGCACCCGAAUCUUUACAGUUAGGAAAGGUGUUAUCGUACCUAAACGGUCCGCAAUUGCCGAAUUUUUCGGGUGGCGGAUUGGCAGACGUCCAAAUUGUGCUUGCAUGCUUUAAAAACUCGCGUUUGGACGUUUUCUACGUUCCAUCCGAGGCUCAGCAGCAAAUGCAAGGCCUCAAGUUGGGAGAUUUGAUCAUUGUCGAGGCAGAUCGUGGCCGAGACUUGGGAAAAGUGGUGAAGUUGGACGUUACACUGCUUGAGGCUCGAUUGUUGAAGUUGAAGCAGUUCAGGGACCAGCAAGCGGCAUUAAACCAGGAUCACGAUAAUGGAAAUGGCGAGAAAAGGCCGACGCUCCAUUUCCCAAAGCCCGUUGUGCGUUUUGCGUAUCCAAACGAGGUUGCCGAGCUCAUGUUGAAGAAAACAGACGAGGAAAGAGCAAAAAGCGUCUGCCAGCUCAAAGUGAAGUCGCACGGCCUUGUUAUGAGCAUCACAGACUCGGAAUAUCAGUGGGACCGCCGCAAAUUGACGUUUUACUACAAGUCCAGCAAGCGGAUUGACUUCCGGGACUUGGUCAAGGAGCUGUUCAAGAUAUACAAGACACGUAUCUGGAUGUGCAAGCAGCCAGAACCAAUAGCGGGUCUAAAGAGGGGAAUGUGA